UUUUUUGUGUUAUUUAGGUCCUUAUUUCGUCUUCGAAUGUUGACGCGCCUUUGGUUUUUAUGAGAGCCGAGUUGAAAUUUUCUUGACUAAUAGUAAAAUGGUAGAUUGAAAUUUUCAUCCGUUGCGGGGAAUAAUGACUGAGUGGGACUCGAGUUUGAGAAUUGGGGAAGACAUCAGUUUGCUACCGAGCAGGCAUGAAGGCAGUAGCAAUUAUUUGGUUCCUCUUCCACCUACGCCGCGUCCAAAUCAUGCAGUGCUCGAGAAUGUGUCUGCUCAGAGCAAGACCUACCGAAGCGAAGUGCUGGAAUUCAUGGUGAACCAAUCGUGUGCGAAUUUCCCUGACAUGCCUGACUUCUGCGAGGAAAUCAGUGGCAGUGAUCUGCUCCAAUCUGUAAAUUCUGCUGAGUUCGGUUUUGGAAGUUCCAGCAAAGCUUUCAUGGACCCAAUCGAUGAUGCGAAGUCCGUUUCGAAAGUGGGGGUCGUUUGGAACAACUCAAGUUGCCUCGCUGGAAGUGAGAUGAACUCGGACAUGGACGGUGUGUUUGUUCCUCGUUCUGGCCCACUUGGAACUCUUCAAGGGGAUUUUCCCAAGGAUGAGCCGCUCCCAUUUACGGAUUACGUGAAGCGUAGAGCAGAUUCUAUACCACUCAGUGAGUGUAAGUUUCAACAUUGUUGUGUGAAGCUCUUUGUGGCUAUCAUGAAGACGUUUGCUCAUAUAGGCUCGGGUAUCCCGCUUGUACCAUCCUCGGUUUCCGCUGCAUGUCGGUCAACUUUCAGUGCUGAACAACGCCCAGAAGUGGACACGGGAAAUGGUCAACUUCUCACGACGAAUGCCAGGAUAUGUAAAACGAAUGUGCCAAAUUAUGCUGUCAAUGCAACCACGCCAGUCCGAAGUAUGAUGCAGACUUCUUCGGUUGUGAGCGAAAGCUGUACCACGAUCGAUUUGCCUGACCGAUAUUUCGAUGAUGUUGGCGGCGAGUCUUGCGAAUCCCAGAAGCCGGCGAAUUCUACUCCGAUGCAUCAUCCUGAAUCUUCAUUCAACGAUCCGGAUUUCAGUGCCAUAUCCAUGUUUCAUAAUCGAGAUGAUACUCUGGAACUUUUGAAAGGCAUGGAUCUCUUUGCCAAGAAGUGUAAUCCAGUGGUGGAACCAGUGCCAGCGAAAGCUAAGCCUGCUGAUCCUCCUGCUGGUGUUCUUGAUUCAAUGAAGAAUGCGUAUCCUGUGCGAACAUCUAAUUCUUCUGACGUGAGCAAUCGAACGAACGGAAGUUCCGGUUCCUGCGAAAGUGGAGUUGCCUACUAUCAUGUCGAAAGAAGAAAUCCUAGAACUUCCUUUGCUGUUUUCGUACCGGAGAAAUUCGACGUGGAAAAGAGGUGUUGCGUUGGAGUUUCCUGUCCCGUGGCGAUUCCUGUGCAGAAUAUGUCCCCUGAAUUCUUCAUUUGCUCGCCACACGUCACAGAGCUUACCGUCAAUGGACAUGUGGUUGAUGAUCCGAGCAAGAUUUUAUCUUUCACGAUGUGCACGUACGACAUCGGGCCGAAUGCCCAAACGUUAAUUUUGUGUCAUAUUGUUGGAGAUGCAUUAGGUUGCAUACGUGCGAAACUCGAAUUCGAGUUCGAGAAACCAAAUCCCAUCGAAUUUCCUGGAAGUACCAAGGGUCCCACUCAGGUGUCAGCGAUCAAGAUGGUUCUGUUGAAUGCUGCUGUUGAGCUUCCAUCGGUUGACGUUCGCUGUGACGACAAGGAAUUCACAUCUGCUGUGAACCAGCAUAUUAAUUUGGGAUUUUUUCCGCAACGCUGUCGUUUAUCAAAAAGUUUUCGGGUUUUCAACUUGAGCUCUUCCGAGUACUCUGUGACAAUACGUAUCGCUGGGGAAGACUAUUGGACGAAAAUGUUCCAGCUCGUGCCUGAGAACAGGUCUCUCAUAGGAGCAAAUAAUUACAAUUCCUCCCUGGUGACGAGAUUGGAAACUGAAGGACGAUUCGACUUCAACGUGAUUUUCAAGUCACCGGCUCUGCCAGCUCAUCGUAAUUCGCCGAGCAACGUUGCUGUCGAUCUGAUCGUAGAGAUGAAAGAACCGAAGUUCGCAUACAGGCUGUCGACAACAAAAAUCAUUUGCAUGAUCGGCAAGGCUAGACCAACUACGAAUCUCGUUGACAACACAUUGCAAGUGCCUAUGCGUUCCUCUCGCUCCUUUUCAAUCAGCAACGACGGGAACAUCCCAUUAAGUUUGAGUCUGGAAGUAUUUCCUUCGGAGCCAGUGGACAGCAACGGUAGACCAGAUUCACAGUGCAGCAAACGUUCAACGGGAAGCCAGAGUUCCGUUUCGAAUAAGCCGAGCAAUCCGUGUUUUUCUGUGGUGCCUAAGAUCCUCCUCUUGGCACCUAAGGAAGGUCAAAGUGCGACUGUGACGUUUGACCCGCCGCCAAGUUACGAAUGUUCGAGUCGUCUUGCUUUGCAAAGCAUUCUUCAAAUGUCUGUUAUCCCCAAUGGAGAAUGUUUCAACGUCAAUCUCGAAGGGUUCGUCGACCCCUCGUCAGAUGUGCUGAACUUCCAAAGUGGCUUGAGUUCUCCCAAUUCCACGUUGACUUCCGGAUCAAACGUUGUUCGUGCUCAAGGCGGAAGAGACAUUCCUGUGGAAAAUACGAAUGGAGUGCAGAAGACGGCGUCGGAUUUUGGAAAAGAGAAGAACAACGGAUUUAUGAAGCUCGCAAUCGUGAACAAGCAGCUGUAUUGUGAUCCUAGCAAAUUGCCUACUUCUACUGAUGAUGUCAGGCAGGAAGUGAAGAUUUUUAGCGUCGACAGCGUUUUUUUCAACGGUGUUUCAACUUCAUUUGGUGACCCAUCCAAUAUUGCCACUGUGAAAAUGUGUAAUAAAUCGAAGAAGGAUAACAUCGUGGUCGAGUGCAGUCUUCCCCCGGGAACGUGUGACUUUUUUUUCGUUUCUGAAUCCCGGAAGGAAUGCACGAAGGCCAAUCAGAGGGUCAGUAUCGCCCCUGGUGGUGUUGCCCAACUUUGGAUUUAUUGUGCGAUCAAAAAUCCGUCAGAUGUUCCGUGGUUUCAGGGAGAACUCAAAUUACGACCGAGGUGUUUGGAUCUGAAAGGCAAAGCUAGAAAAUUUACGAUCAAUUUGUUGGCGUGCCCAUCUGUGAAGCCGUUGGAAGUUGUUGAUAUGAACAAUGAGCGAGUUGAUGCCGUUGCUUUACGAAGGAACAUGGAUGGUCUGUUGGGUGGAAGCUUUUUGUUGAGGAACCCGAACGAAUCCGUGCAUUGUUUCGUUUUCAUCAAGACUGAUUCUUGGAGCAACGGGAAAGGAGGCAUACGCAUAAAGCCGGACUGUUACUUGUUGAGUCCCAAAGAGAUCAAAGCGUUUUCCGUUGCUGCUGCGUGUGGUGGAAGUGCUGGGUUGUCGAAUUUUGGAAAGUUCAUGUUUUUCUGCGGACCUGAGUCUUUGCGACGAGCAGCUUUGUCCGCCGGAUGCCGUGUUGAAAGAGGGGAGAUCAACUUGACUCAACCGAAACUUUUUGAUCAUUGGUCCUCGAUUGAUGGAUCGACUCACAGCAUGAGGCAUCUCCAGGAUAAGGACGCCAUUUCGCGAGCCUUGAUGAUGUGCACGCAAGAGACAGCAAUUGACGUAGUUGUUCCUGACGAACUGAACGGAUCCAUUGACGGUGGGAGAACGUUAAUCGCUACCGACGCAUCAACCUUCUUCGAAUCGGCAGAAACCGUGGCCGGCGGUGAUAUUGAAUCCUUCAUGAAUAUCACUGAAGUGCCAAAAGCUCGGCAGCCACGUGAGGUCAAAACAUGGGAUGUACAUCCGACACUGCUGCGUUUCGAUACUGGACAGACUAUGGUCAAAAUGUUGGAGAUUUGGAAUUGGACAACCGGGAACUUGACGGCUGACAUCAAGUUUUCAAGUGAAGAAGGUCUUCUAGUUUACCCGAAAACGACGUUUAUUCCAGCUUCUUCCUCCGCAAAAAUCAGUGUUGAUGUUCGGCGAUUAUCUGCGAAACGGCGCCAAAAUUCUUGGCAAGUUGAGAUUCAAGCGGGCGGAGAAAGAAGAUUUGUUUCUGUUAUGGUGUCGCCAUUUCUCAUUGCUUCCGGCUCCUCGACCCGAGAUAGUAGUUUUUCGGUGAAUAAGGUUGAUGGUGGAGUUGGCGGAGCUCCAGAACUCGCAGGAGCUACCCUCGCACUUUCAGCGAAUGCUUGCGUUUUUGGAGAAUGCGAAAUGGGUACUAGUUCGGAACGGGUGAUCACCAUGAGGAAUGAGAGCCAUGCAGUCAAGGUAUUCUGGAAGCUUGAGAGACCGGAGGAUUAUGGGAAAUCGAUGGAUCAUUUGGUAUUCUCAUCCACGUCGAGGUCUGGUGUCCUCGGGCCUCUCCAAACUGCGUGCAUCGCUUUCAGUUUUGAGCCAUUGUCUGCAGUUUCUUAUUCGUCCGCUUGGACGCUUUGCUCUCGCAUUGGAAAUGAGGAUGCCAAACGAGUUGAAAUCAGACUUACAGGACGGGGGAAAGACGUUCGCCAGCCGGAGAAACAAACUGAUCUGCUCGAAAGCAAGGAGACUAUGUACACCAUGGAAUCGUUGGGCCUGGCUGAGCACAGUGUGUCGAUGCAGGUGUCUGACGUCUCAGACUUGUCGAUGUCGAUGGGCUCUGUGAAGGCUGCCAGGCAUGUUUUUAUUUUCCGUCAUUGUUCAUUUUUGUCUUCUGUGGUGAUCAUGUGUAAUUGGCUAUCUUACAGUUAUGAGAGCAGCACAUUGCUGAUGGUUGACAUGAAUGUAAUUCGCUUCCCUGAUGUGGAGUUUGGGAUUUCUGAGCUGCCGCUUGUAACCAAGAUUCGAUUGACGAACAACUCAAGGACUUCGUAUAAGAUGGAAUACAACAAGUUGCCGGAGCCAUUCUCAACCUCUGAAGCCCCUGCUGUCAUGAAACCGAGGUCAUAUUUUAGCGUCAACGUGCGUUUCAGUCCUUCGAAACGCGGUUUCUUUCAAGCUGAAUGGAUAGCAAAGCCGGUGGACCACCCGGAAAUCGCUCCCAUCAAAAUGGAACGCCAGAAUUUGAUCAGGUCUGAAGAUUUGAAAUAUUGGAAUGAGCGUUAUGAAAAAGCUACGAGGCCAUCAGAUUUUAUUUUGAAGUACAGUGACCUCAAGCCCAUUGUGGAGCAUUUGAUCGCCAAAACCGACCGGAUCCUCAUUUUAGGAUGCGGAAAUAGUGAACUCAGCGAGUGCAUGUUUCGGGAUGGGUACAAACGUAUCACUAACGUGGAUUUUUCGCCAGUCGUUAUUGAAGCAAUGGCAAAGAAGAACGAAGUCACUGCUCAAAUGGAAUGGCUGGUCAUGGAUAUGCUAUCGAUGACUUUUCCGGACGAAUCCUUUGACUUUGUUUUGGAGAAGGCAACGAUGGAUUCUUUCCGGGGUGAAGAUUCCUUUCGUUCUUAUCCAGGAGAAACACUCAUCUCAGUGAUGCGAAAGAUCAGUAAAAUAUUAUCACCGUUUGGCAAGUUUGUGAUGGCUUCUAGCCAACCUCCAAGUAGCGCGAGGGGGCCUUUGGAGCGAGACGAAUUUGGGUGGAGCAUUGAUUACUCCAUUGUACACAAUACGUACAAUGUAUACGAUAAUUUUGUGUACGUGAUGCGCAAAGGAGAAACACUGAAAACUCGUACACCGCGUCCGAUAUGCAUUGGUAAACUGUUCGACGAGGGGGAUUCUGAUGAGGAAUCUGAAGAAGUUUACGAGCCGUGUGGCCCGAUGCACUACUUCUGGUAAAAAAAAAAAAAAAAAAACGGAACGUUUGGACGUGACGCUGUGAUGCCUGCAUAAUCCUUUGUCUCUCUGUGUACCGUAUUUACUUCGAGCACCACGCGCCCUCGAGUACGCCGCGGACCCCCGUUUUUCUACCAGAAAAUUUUCAAAGAACCUAUCCCCGUGUAAGACGCGCACCCCGGUUUUUUGCUGUUGCAGAAAAUCAGAAUAGUCUUGGAUCUUUUUUCACGUGAAUCCAGUUUACCCCAUUAAUAUUUUGUUUUCCUGUUUCUUACCAUCUGCAAGAGCAGGUAAAAUUAUUUUUCAGUAUAUGACAACUUCCUCAAUUAGACGAAUUCCCCCUUCCUUUACUUCCUGUUGCAUCUCCAACGGAUGUACUCCUGAAAUUGUUUUUAUUUGAGCCAUUUUUCCUCAUGAACGAAUAGACUUGGUGCCACACAUUUCCGCUUCAAUUUUUAUUAAUGCUUAGAUGUGAGGGGCACUUGUUUCGGGAAUUUUUCCCUAAAACUUAUGCCCUAUUACCACGCGCACCUUUUCUCCAGAAAGUGAAGUGGAAAUGUAGGGUGCACGUGGUACUCGUGUGAAUACGGUAUUCUUCCUUGUGUUGCGAGCCUUUUUUUCCUGCCGAUGAUCGUUCAUAGACGUUCUCAAAUUUGUUCUCAAGUUUAUUCUAGGACACAAUGUCUCUCAUAGCGAAAAAAUGAAAUGUAUGAUUUAUCGUCCCAUUUUGUGAAGUAGCUUCUAUUUUUUUUAACCGAUUCCCGACUUUACAGCCUGUGUCGUGUGUGAACUGUGCGAUCACGAGUCGUACUUGGAUUUUCGGAUCUUAUUUGUGAGAUUCGAAUAUAAAAAGGAGGCUAGUACAUGUACUGGGAUUUCGUCACUUCGGUGAUUGAUGGGGAGGCACAUUUCCAGUGAAUUGACGUUUUCGGUGACCUGUCUUUGUAUCAAUCUCAACGGGUUUGCGAAGCAUCGUGGCGAAUGCCUUGUGAGACACAUUCGAUGCCAUCUUGCUCUAGUAAUCUGUGAUCAUGUGCUUCGUAACAUGUGCAAAAAUGGCGUGGCUGUGAUCCAUGUUGGCAUUUUUUAUAAGACCGCGAUAUUAUGAAGAAA